GAAUGGUCACCCGAUCUGGACCAAUGUUCACGCGGCUGCGGUCACCUAAUACAAAUAAAGCCACUUGAUAACACUUGUUUGAUUCAGCGUCUGUUGACCAGAGCCGGCGGAAAAGAUGCAUGUGAAAGAGCUUGUUUUCGGUCUCAUCUUACUAAUGCAAGCAUGUGGCCCACUUUUGGCCCAGACAGCAGCCCCAAAACAACCCGACUCUCCAGGAUUACUGCAGAGGCUGGCGGAGAAAGCCAGGGAAGCCAAAGCUACGGUCCAGGGCUGGGGGGAACCAGUGCUGGGCUAUAUUGAUGCUUACUAUGAAGACCACAUCCAUCCAGUGACCGACAGCUACGUUAAAUGGGCCUCUGAUGUCAAAAGCUCUGUGUGGGAGAAGAUCCAGACAACCAUUGACAACUACAGGCAACUGAGAGCAACUAAUCCAACUGAUCAACCCUCUCAAAGCUAAAGAAGAGCUGAAAAUCAAUAAAUAUUCUUACGAUUUGAUAUUGAAGUGAUCAUGUCUUAAGGUUUCAUUGGACUCUGCUGGUUUAUCAAAUAAAGACAGAAUCUGUAAUAAA